AUGACCCUUUUCUUUGAACUAAAGAUCAGUAAUACACAAUAUUCAAAAGGCCAAUACUAUUAUAUUUCAACAGACGUCAUAACUUCCCAAUUAUCAAACUCAUCAACUGUUAUUGUCCAUAUUACUGCUGAUAAUGGUGUAAAUUUAGCAAUGGGUCUCCAACACUAUUUAAAAUACUACUGUCAGUGCUCAUAUAGCUGGAAUGGUGACCAAUGUGCUAUUCAAUCUUUUGAUCAGUUACCACCAGUCCCAGAGCCAGUUUUGGUACCAGUUGUUUCAAAUUUCCGUUAUUAUAUGAAUGUAUGUACCUUUGGCUACUCAACAGUAUGGUGGAAUUGGUCUAGAUGGGAGCGUGAAAUCGAUUGGAUGGCUCUUAAUGGCUACAAUUUACCAUUAGCAUUCGUUGGUCAAGAGUAUAUCUGGUAUAAAGUUUUCUCACAAAUUGGUCUAUCUUUCGAACAAAUCACACAAUGGUUAACCGGUCCUGCUUUUUUACCUUGGAAUAGAAUGGGAAAUGUCAAUAACUGGGGUGGUCCUAUCACUAUGGACUGGUUAGAAAAACAAAGAGAUCUACAAAUUCAAAUACUAACAAGAAUGAGGGCCUAUGGUAUGAAACCAGUAUUGCCCGGUUUUGCUGGCCACAUUCCAGGUGCUAUUCAAACUCUUUUCCCAACUGCCAAUGUAUCAAUAUUAUCAACAUGGUGUGAAUUCAAUGGUACCUUUUAUUUGGACCCAAGUGACCCAUUAUUUGGUAAAAUUACUCAAUUAUUUAUUACCGAGUUAAUUGGCGUUUUUGGUACUGAUCAUUACUACAACUUUGAUCCAUUCAAUGAACUAGCACCACCAUCAUCUGACUUAGGUUUCCUUAAACAAACAUCACAACAAAUGUAUAACAAUAUGUUAGCAGCUGAUCCAAAAGCAGUUUGGGUACUUCAGGGUUGGUUCAUUGUAGAUUAUCCAGAAUUUUGGCAAGCUAAUCAAACUCAAGCAUGGUUCUCCGGUGUCCCAAUUGGUGGUUUUAUUGUAUUGGAUCUUUGGAGUGAUGUUGCACCAGCAUGGAACAUAACUGAAUAUUUCUAUGGCCACUAUUGGCUUUGGUGUAUGCUACAUAACUUUGGUGGAAGAAGUGGUAUGUAUGGACGUAUUCCAUUUAUUGCUACCAAUCCAAUCAUUGCUCGUUCUUUAAGUGAUAAUAUGAUGGGUACCGGUUUAACACCAGAAGCAAUCGAGCAAAAUGUAGUUGUAUAUGAUCUAAUGAGUGAAAUGGCUUGGAGAUCAACAGCACCAGAUUUAGAAGAAUGGAUAACACAAUAUACAAAUAGAAGAUAUGGAAAGAUUAUGCCUGAAGUCGUUGAGGUAUGGAUGAGUAUGGUUGAUACAGUAUUCAAUGCUACUGCAUACUGGGCAAGACGUAAUAUGGGGGCACCAGAAAGUUUUAUUGCCCUCAGACCAUCAAUAAACUUUGGUGAUAAUGUUUUCUACGACCCAAGUGUAAUGUUCAACGCAUGGCAUGUAUUUUCAUUGGUAAAUGACUCAUAUGUUAUAUCAACUGAAACAUUCCAAUUUGAUAUCAGUGAAAUCACAAUGCAAGCAUUAAGCAACUUUUUCAUGGAUACCUAUUUCAAUUUGAUUAAAAGCUACAAUGUUUCAGAUAUUGAGAGCUUCCAAAGAGAAUCGAUUACGAUGAUGGAAACAAUCAGUUUUAUGGAUUUAAUAGCAUCAACACAACCAGAACUUCAAUUGGGUGUUUGGACAUAUCGUGCAAGACUUUGGGCUUAUCCAGAUAAUGAAACCCCAUCACUUCAAAACAGUAGUAACUCAGCAACACUUCCAUACGAAUUUAAUGCACGUAACCAACUAACUUUGUGGGGUCCUUCCGACUCUGUUCUUCAUGACUAUGCAUUCAAACUAUGGGGUGGUUUAAUCAGUGAUUUCUAUGGACCACGUUGGAACCUAUUCUUAAAAACACUUUUACAAUCUUUAGAAAACCGUAUUCCAUUCGAUGCAAACAAUUUUAUUUCAAAUGUCCAAGCUUUAGAGCAACAAUGGGUAUUAGAAUCAACAAUAUACCCAAUAUUACCAUUUGGUCAAGGAUAUAAUACCUCAAGAUACAUUCAAUCACAAUUACAAAUCUUUUAA